CCGCCGCUCCGCAGCAGCAACAACAACAUCUCAUCUCGCUCGACGACCACACCGCCGCAUUGCCGCAACGAUCACCGAAAAUCGUUUAUUUUGGACGGUGUCUGAGGAGUUGUCACCAUUCAACGCUUUUGGCUUCCUUGCCCUCGCUAGAUUUGACUGCAGCACAUAUUUUCCCUUUGUGAAAAUGAAGCUUCUCACUCAUAACGUGCUCAGUUCCAAGUGCUUGAAAGGUGUUUCUGUGGGGUACCCUUUGAGGUUAAACGCCACUGACAUUAAGGUGGUAGAUGUUGAUUUCAACUCCGAAUUUGUCUCAAGAAUGAUCCCAAAAAUAAAUUACAGCGCUCUCUACGAAGCAGCUCAAAGUAUUGGCCAUCAUAAUGGUUUACCAGAUGCUGUUGCUGAUGACUAUGAACACAAUGAUGAUUUCCUUAAAGCUGUUCACCAUGUCCUAUUAGAAGUUGACGUUGUCAGUGGUGAUCUGGAAUGCCCAGAAUCUGGUAGGAAAUUCCCCAUCACUAGAGGAAUUCCAAAUAUGCUGGUUAAUGAAAAUGAAGUUAAUGAGAUAAAUAGCUCAAACGGAUGCUAAGGUUCAAAUUCCAAUUUGUUACGGUUAUUGCCCUUUGUUUUUGUUUAUUUUUAUUUUCCUGUUUGUGUAAACUAAGCUGCCACGUUUUGUUUCCCACUGUGACAUCCUUUUUUGUAUUUAAAGGGAGAAUUAUACCUUAUUUUAGUGUCAAGUUAAGAUUAGCAAAGAAUUUUUCUAUCCUUUUUAAGGAAAUUUGUGUGCAAGAGUACCUUGUGUAAGAGGACAAAAUGGGUGUUUUCUUUGUCAUUUGUGUGAUUAAUGCUCUGCAAAAGUUUAGUAUGAGCCUGCUUGAGUGAAAGGUGUACACAGAGCUCUAGCCCGUCAGCAUGUGACACUAAAAGUGAAUGUUUGUGUUUUUCAUUGCUGCUUUUUGAUUGACUCUUGAUAAUAUCGCCUCUGAUGUUGUUACAUCUACCUCAGUGUGAUUGUUAGCCUGCUCAAGCUCAAGUGGCUGUGCACAUGUUGCAGAAAGCUGACAAAAGAAUGAGAGAGGUAAUAAAAGAAACAAUUGACAGAAA